CAUUGAUAUCGACAGCAAUUGCAUGUGUCAUUCCCUUUCUUUUUUGUCUAUUGUAAAAAUUAUCAUAUCUGUUUCUUGUCAAUAGAACCAACAUAUUGCGAGGUUGCUGCUCGAGACCAGCAGCUUAUCAGCGAGUUUGCAAUUGAUAUCAGAAUUUGCAGCACACCGGCUUGCCCAAAGCAGGUUCGCGGCCCAUAGACCGAUCGGCCCUUAGAUAAUAGCCUAAUAUUAGCACAACCUCACACAUUUUUGUGAAUCCAUCAGAGCUUCAACCACCUGCCCCCUUGCCAUACCACCACCCCAUUGUCCCUCCUGCUGGCUUCAUCCAAGUGAAGUCGCCACGGCCGGAAAUGACUGUGGGAUCUCUGCUCGUCCGCGCGACAAUGCAGCAGCCGCUAGCUUCGGCAUCCAGGCGGUCGCUGGCGCGGUCGCGAUUGCUUUCGACGACAACAAGAAGCAGCCCAUUGUCAUCGGCAUUGGCAAACCGCACUGCCAGAACUACUUCUCUCGCUCAGACCUCGUUUCGUCGUGCCUUUGCUGAUGCAGCUGCUCCUCCACCAGCGCCAAAAAGGAAGCGCUUCCGCUUUUUUCGCUGGGCCUACCGUUUGACCCUGCUGUCUGGGCUCGGUUUGACCGGCUACCUCGCGUACAGCAUCUAUGUCUUGCGUCACCCUGAGGAGCAACUCGAGCCGGAUCCAUCGAAGAAGACCCUUGUUAUUCUGGGAAGCGGCUGGGGCGCAGUCUCGCUCCUCAAAAAACUCGACACUGAAAACUACAAUGUCGUGGUCAUUUCACCUCGCAACUUCUUCCUCUUCACCCCCCUCCUGCCGUCCUGCACUACUGGUCUGAUUGAGCACCGCUCCAUCAUGGAACCUAUCCGAAAUAUCCUGCGCCAUAAGAAAGCUACUGUCAAAUACUACGAAGCCGAGGCUACCAAGAUCGACUACGAGAAGCGCGUCGUGUAUAUAAGCGAUGACUCGGAGAUCAAGGGUGAUGUCUCGCAUACCGUUGUGCCGUUUGAUAUGCUGGUUGUCGGAGUGGGUGCUGAGAAUGCUACUUUCGGUAUUCCUGGCGUCAGAGAACACUCCUGCUUCUUGAAGGAAGUCGGCGAUGCCCAGAAGAUCCGCAAGCGUAUUAUGGACUGUGUCGAGACUGCCGUCUUCAAGGACCAGACUGACGAGGAAGUCAAGCGCCUUCUACACAUGGUCGUUGUCGGUGGUGGUCCCACCGGCGUUGAGUUUGCUGGUGAGCUUCAGGAUUUCUUCGAGGAUGAUUUGCGCAAGUGGAUUCCGGAAAUUCAGGACAACUUCCAUGUCACCCUGGUUGAAGCUCUUCCCAAUAUCCUCCCCAUGUUCUCCAAGCAGUUGAUUGAAUACACCGAGUCCAGCUUCAAGGAAGAGAAAAUCACCAUCCGCACCAAGACCAUGGUCAAGAACGUCACGGACAAGUACAUCGAAGCGCAAGUCACGAAACCCGAUGGAACCACGGAAUUGGAGAGGAUCCCUUACGGUCUUCUUGUCUGGGCCACUGGUAACGCGGUCCGUGGCGUUGUCCGCGACUUAAUGGAACAGAUUCCCGCUCAAAAGGACUCUCGCCGCGGUCUCGCCGUCAACGAGUACCUAGUUGUCAACGGCACCGAGAAUAUCUGGGCUGUUGGUGACUGCGCUAUCACGAACUACGCCCCUACAGCCCAGGUUGCCGGCCAAGAAGGCGCCUUCCUCGCCCGUCUCUUCAACACAAUGGCCAAAACCGAAGCGAUCGAGACCGAACUCAAGAAACUCUCCGUUGCCCAACAAGAAGCCAAGGGCGACGAAGAACGCAACCACGUCUUCGAAGAAAUCAAGGAACGUCAGCGCCAGCUCCGACGGACCAAGCAGAUCGGCCCCUUCCAGUACUCGCACCAGGGCAGUUUGGCGUACAUCGGAAAGGAGCGUGCGGUUGCAGACAUCAGCUGGCUGAGCGGCAACAUUGCGAGUGGUGGAACGAUGACAUAUCUUUUCUGGCGUAGUGCUUACUUGAGCAUGUGUUUCAGCGCUCGCAACCGUGUCCUCGUUGCCACUGACUGGAUCAAGGCUAAGAUCUUUGGCCGUGACGUGUCAAGGGAGUAAAAUCGCCAAAAGUUGACUCUUUACUUUACCUUACUUUGUAUUAUCCAAUCAUAUCUUCUUCCGGCUUUUUAUGUACUCAGCUGGUGGACUGGUUACCCGUGAUCAUGAUUAUGACCACGAUCGUUAUUCUGGUGUGAAAGGAACCCAGAUUAUCAGAAUUAACUCUUAAUUACAUACGUACCUGACAUAGACUUGUGUGCGGAGACAUAGACGGUUUCUUUUGUUGUUCAAUUUGGGAUUAGUUCUUUUUUCCUGUCUUAGCUAGCUUGUACCAUGCGAUAGACCUGUUAGUAGAACUUGGUUAUAUAUAAUUUCGCAUUUGGCGUGUUUCGGCGAAGACAGUCCAGCAUAUUAAAUUGUAUUACAUAGAACA